UUACACGUUGCAGGAGAGUCAGGGUCUGGAAAAAGUAGCUUGAUAAACCUCAUUCUGGGAAAGGAGCUUCUUCCUUACGCUGUUCUCAGUACGACUUCUACCAUUUGCGAGUUAAAGUAUGGAAAGGAUCCCAGAAUCGUCGCUCACUAUAAAGAAAAAGAUCCUGAAACAGGUCUACCAACACGGAUUAUUUACUUAACGGAGUGCCAGGCAAAAACAUCUGAACAAGGCUAUCUUGACCAAAUUUCUCCUUACGUUCAUGUGAAGGGUGAUAGGGAUAAGGGAUCGCCUUUCAAAAAGAUUGAACUCUUUUGGCCUCACCACCUUUUAGAGGUAUGGUAUUUAAAAGCACUGCCUUCUUUGCUUUUAUUAUUAUUAUUAUUAUUAUCAUUAUCAUUAUCAUUACCAUUAUCAUUUUCAUUUUCGUUGUCAUUAUCAUUGUCAUUAUAAUUGUCAUUUUGUUUAUCAUUAUAAUUAUCAUUAUCAUUGUCAUUGUCAUAUACAUUCCCCAAAAGUAAUGAUAGCAACAUUUCAGGUUAAAACACCGUAGUUUUCAAUUGCAUUUUUGUCCUUAGUAUUGUCAGGCCGUUUUUUACAUGAGGAAACUUUCAAAGUUUGAUUUUAAGUGACGCGACAGGAGGAAACAUCUCUUUUUCAAAAACGUAGUGUUCCGCGCGUUUUUGCGUUUCGUUCCUUUAAUUGCUCUAGGAACAACCUAGGAACGCACAAUAAAGGAACUUUGUUUUCACAAUAAAGUUAAGGCCUUCGCUUUUGUGAACCAUACUAUUUUGUCUGCCAAACUGAAACAGCUACCCCUAAAUCCGUACAUUAUCAAUAAUUGGUAUCAGAGUUUCCUCUAUGCAAGACAACAACGAGUUGUUAGCUAUAACUUUUUAGGACAUUGGAAAUCUGUCAAUAGAGGAACCACUCAGGUAGUGUAAGUGGGCCGUAGCUUUUUAAUAUACUUUUGAAGGACUUGGAGAUUUUCCUUAAUGGUUGCCCUGUUGCUUUUAAAUAUGUCGAUGAUUCCACUAUUCCUUUCGCCUAUCACUAGGAACCGCGACCCGUCUGCCGACUUAGUAGGACAGUUCUUAACCUGGUGUAAAGACAAUAAAAUGGUCUGCAACCCCUGUAAAUGUAAAGAGCUGGUUGUUAGGAAGAAAAAUCACAAUGUACUCUACUCUCCAAUUAAAAAUAUUCCUCAAUGUAAUAGCUUCAUUUUACUAGGAGUAACUCUACAGAGUGACGGGAAAUUUAAUGAGCAUGUAAGAACCAAGCUUUUCAAAGCAAACACUAAGUGUUUACACGUCCUACAAACACUAAGAAAGGAACACUACUCUUAGGCAGAGAUAGAUCCCCUUUUUAUAUCUACUGUUUUACCCAAUUUUAGCUAUGCGCUUUCAGUCUAGGGGGCAUCGGAGUCCGAUCUUACGGUUAUACAAAAUUUUUUAGACCGAUGCCAUAAACGCCGUUUUAUUUCAUUUCCAGUUUUUAUCAAGAACCUUUUAAAUAAACAAGACCGAAACAUUUUAAAGAAAUUAAUAUCAAAGGAUUGCCACCCCCUGAAAGAUAUCAUUCCUGUCCAGAAGACUUAUGUACAUAAUCUUAGGAAAAAAGGCUGCGCACGCCCGAAAAUUAAUACACAGCGUUUUAUGAACACCUUUGUAAAUAGGUUUAUUUUUAAGCUCCAUUUAUUGUAAUGAAAUCCUUUUUAAAUUAUAUAUAUAUUUAGCAAUUAUUUCACGAGGGCACAUUAAAUAUGAGAUGAUAGAUAGCCAACGAGGCGCAUAGCGCCGAGUUGGCUAUAAUCAUUUCAUAUCCAACAAGCCCGAGUGGAAUAAUUGUUUUAUUAAAAACGCCCACAAAAUCUCGUUGAAUCGCCCCAACUAGAACAAACCGGAAAAGACAAGGGACUUCCGCUAUUCACAUGUCACGCGUCUAUCAAAACUGUCACGGCGCGAACGGACUCGCCUAGACUGCAUGAAUGAAAAAUCAAAACAUUGUAGCGAUGAACAUUAGUUUUUCAAAAACUCAUCGUGAUUCUAGGAUUUUACAAAGCAGAACAGCUUAAAAAACCUGGCAGAUAAUGUGAAGGAAAGGAAUUUUUAAGUGACAGCCGUCGAAAUUACUAUGAAUUUGGAUUUUCGGUGCAGUUGUAAAAGUAAGAAAAACGGAGAAAAACUACCGGUAUUACCUCGGUCGCUUGUUAUGAAGUUGUUUGAAGCCACGCGCUGGUUUUGCUGAACGAGAAAAGAAGUUAUACUGCCGCCUCGAUUGCUCUAGUGAAUGGCUGCAUAGCCUGUAUUUGUAGCUGGUUACUUGUGAUUUAUAUUCUUGAUGUCGGAUAAACAAGCUGCAGUUAUCUAUCGGCGAGUGACUCGAUCGGCGAAUGGCUUCGCGAUCAUGAAGAAACAACACUUGUCUUCUUUCGUAGCUGGUCAAGGUACUUUAGUUCCAUGUGUUUUCAUGUGUUGAAAACAAACUUUCAAACAAGCUCUAGUGGCUUUUUUGUUUGUUUUUGUCUUUUUUCUUUCGCUGAAAUUGCAUUUCUAGUAUUCUAAGAAAUGAAUUAAAACGAUUUGCUUCGGGCGCCGUUCUAUCCUUCGCGAAAAAAAAUCUCAGCUACCUACCAAUUUUAAACUGACGCGUACACCGACCAUAUAUGGAGAACAUGGUAUAUUAGCUCAUAUACCAUAACGGCUAAGCCAAUCAAAAUGCUAGAAUUGCAUUAUCCAAUGAUUCAGUUUUUAAUAAAUACAGUAUGUUGCCCAGUAUCCGGACGGUACCAGUAUCCGGACACUUGAAACAAAAACUCAAUUUUUGAGACGCCCUUUUCAGUUUUCGGUAAACGAAGUAUUUCGAAUGAAAGCUGAACAUUUCAGCUUUAAGAUGAAAGUUUUGGCGAUUUGAAAGCUUGCGAAACAGUCGAGGAAGACGCCGUUCUGUUCAGGUGAGUAAACUUUUCAUGGUUAAUAUUUACGUUGUUUACUGCGCAGUAAAAUUAGUGCUGCUCAGAAAAGGGAGGGUAAUGUGUGAUAUUUUCAAAGAAAAUGUUUUAUUUUCAAAGUGAAGAUACUUAAGGAAGUUAGGUUUUCAGAAAGUUUAUUAAUUCUUCUUGAAAUUCGAUUUGUUUGGAAUAACGGAGGCCAGAAACAUUCACUAAGUUUUGAUGUCAUGUGCCCAGUAUCCGGACAGUUUUUUCUUUGCUGUACAGAAUCGAUGAAUUAGUUGUGUGCAUUAUCUGGAUUAGAUUUAUUUCAUAUCAGUAACUAUAAUUAAGGCUUAGGAUAUAUGAUAUAGUCGUAAAAUGUAAUUCUACUGAACUCCGUAUGGAAAUUUUCUUCACUCAUUCAGAGGCGACUUGAUUUCGUGAGCACCGCUUGUUUCGCGUGACUGCAUUUCCUGUAUAUAACUGAAAGCGUCUGAGUUGAACCUGGAAUUCUCAUACUUUCCCCAGUUGUGACUGCUAGAACGGGGUUGCAACGGUCUGAAAAAUGUCAAAAAGGGAUUAAGAGAUGUGAAAGAAGGAGGAAUUAGUGCUAGAAAAGCAGGCUUAUUGUGGGGACUGAGCAUGAAGAAAUCAUCACUGCAGGUCAGACUAAAUAGGAGUGACCUUUGACCGUCGGGUUGAGGUCCCUUCCCCAAGCUUUUCUUUGAAUAAAAAAUGAAGAAAGAAAGUCGUUUGCAGACUGGCUAAUUGAGCUUGCAAACUGCGGCUUCGGCAUGUCCACGGAUGCCUUCCUUAAAUCGGUGAAAAAGUUCCUAGACAAGGAAGUAAGAAUUAUACCAUUUUUUAAAAAGCCGCUCGCGUUCUCCACCAUACCCCCGUCAUUUGUCAUGUUUUAUUUCACGAUGCUAGGUUAUAUUUUUGAAAUCGAUUGCCAGACUACUUUGCAAGUGCAAGAGAAGCUUAUAAGUCGCUUGCCUGUCGAAAUUUAUGUACAGUUACGUUGUUAUUGUUGUGUCCGGAUACUGGACCAGCUGUCCGGAUACUGGGCAACAUAGGAGCUCUGCAAAAAUAUUAAUUUCUCGAUGGAAACAAAGGCAAAAAAGUUAAACGUCUUUCGUCAUGUUAAGGACUAGAUAGAUUUUAGAUAGCCAAAUCUCAGAGCUCUUACGAUUAACAAUGGAAAGUUAAUGCAAUCUUAAACUGAAGUGUCCGGAUACUGGGCAACAUACUAUAUAUAUAUAUGUAUAUGUAGAUAUUUUUAUUAUAGUUUUUUAUCCUCCGUAUUAUUGUACCAUAAGAUAUGUAGUUUUAUCUUUUGAUGAAAUAAAGACUCAUUUAAUUUUUUUUAUUAUUUUUUAUUUUUAUUUCUUUAUUUUAUUUACUUUUAUUUUACUUAUUUAAAGGUCGGUAAACUUCAGAACAAUCUGGUCCGUUAGCAGCAAAUUGGAACACAAAGUUUCUUUUCAUUUUAGUCAAAAGGAACAACUGGUUUCUCUUUUAUCCUUUCUGGAACAAAAGGUCCUCUUUCAACAGUUCCGAUUUCCCUUCACGUUUCUUUCGAAGCGAUUGGGGAACAAAUGUUCCCAAUCUAAUUUCGCGCUCGACACAGCAAAGAACAAACUGUUCAUAUUUACUGGCAUAUCCACUGCUGUUCGGAAUGCCUAGCUUGUUCCCUUUCGUUUCAAAUUGUUCCUAUCAUGCCCAACAGGAACGGAAUUGCUCCUAAUUGAGGUGGUUUUUUGUUCCUCAAGAUAAGUGUUAUGUUCCGCGUAUAAAUGGAAACAGGUUCCGAAUUUGUGCCAAAGGAACUAGCGUUCCAUUUUGCGCAAAGUGUAAAAAAGAAUAGGGAACAAUAGUUCCUAUUUAUCGUAGGCCAUCUGAAAAUACUGCCCAUCACCUCCGCUAUACAAAUUUGUUAAAACAUAUGUCCUUCAACAAUCGAGUUAAGUACGAGACUUACCCGCUACAUCUUUAAUCUCGUUUGGGCUUGCCCUCGCAAGUUCAGGCUUGUGUCUUUGUUCCUUUUGAUUAAUUGUGUACCAAAUACGGACAAGAAAACAAUGGGGCAAGGGCAAGAAUGACCAAGUGUGGGCAGAGAUGGGCUAACAAAUAUCUCAUUGACGAAUAGGAUGAUCUCUUGGGGACCCUUUUGCUAGUAUAAGUGCAUGCAUACUUUAGAAAGAUAUCGAUUUCAAGCUAAUGCUUAAGAUGAACAAACGAGGCAAGGAUGUCAACUAAUGCAUCGCCUAAACCAAAGAGACUUCACUUAGAAGAGGAUGACUGUGAUGGUCUUUUUCACUGCCCAGUGCAAAUUUGUAACCACGAGGGAUUCACUACACAAACACAAAACACGUAAAGAACAAACACAGUUGGUACUAUUACUUCGACGAGAAGCCAGACAGUGCUCAAAUCGAUACGCUUAAUGUCGAUAAAACCAACAAAAGUGAAGCCAGUGAUCAGAAGAUUAUACCGCGUAAAAGCAGGGCAAUUGCCUCUUUUGAUCCUACAAACUACAUUGCCAAGAGCUUUUUUUCGUGGCUAACUGGCAGUGGUGGGGGCUGUAAAAGUGAUCGACAAGCACAACAGAUCGUAAGCAAGUGCUUAAAGUUUCUCAAGUUUUGUUGACGAAGAGGAGCUCACAUUUGACAUUGUGGGCCUUAGUUUAUGUUCACCGAAUCUCCUUUUCAAGUUUGUUGAUACGAUGCAGGAUGAUUGGAAGCUGGGACACGCGGGACGCAUAGGCUACUUCGAUGCCAUUGCAGAAUUGGUGGAUUAUCGAAAAGUGAAUGGAGCAUCGGAAUCAGUGUUGACAGGGCUGGUUUCAACAGAAAUUUACUUGAAAAAGGUGCGCAAAACCGUUUCCAAAAUGAUGCGCUUGCAGUGGACCAGCGAGCUCGAUAUCGAUGCCUUAGAGGCCAAAGGGCACUGGGCCACACUUGAAGAACUGUUAGAAGUCGUGGGGCGCUACUUGCCGCGCUACGAGAGCGUACUGAAAUCAUGCAAGGAGAAACCAGGUGCUGUUUUACCAACAGAUUUAUCUUUUGCUACCAAACUUUUGGCCGUCUAUUUAUUUAUCAAGGUCAAGGGCUCGCUCCCCAUGACAUAUCAGUACUUAACGGUGGAAAUGUUGAACAAAGCCAGGACUAACGGUGGAUUUAUAGACCCGAAAGUGUUCAAAACGGCUGGGAAAUUCGGCUUCGAUUCUUUUUCCCUGAUCAAGACGAGCAUGCAAGUGUUGGGUGGCUACAUCAACCACAUUCGCCCCCUACUCAGACCGACCUGCGACUUUGUAUUGGUGACAAGAAAUGGAGGGCAGCACAACAAGGUGGGAGAGCUAAUGAGUAAACUGGUCUUCGAUGCAACAUGCAAAUACCUUCUUCCGACUCGUUAUCGACAGAUUGUGGAGACCGCGAGUUGCAGGCAGCUGAGCAGCAGCGCGCAGAGCACAAUCUCCGAGGACCAGAAACACAGCUCUGUUGUUGCAAGGGUUCAGACGUGCGCUCGAGGCUUUCUGGCAAUUCUGCGUCUUCUGAAGAUCAGAACGGUAAUAAAACCGAUACUUGCUCUAACGACGAGGGAGAAACGAUCGCAGAAACGCCACCCGAGCGUCUUUCAGCUGUCGCGAGACUAAAGCGGGAAAAUGCGUUUAUAGCGACAGAUUUCCCGGCGAAAAAAAGAGUCUGAUGUUUAAAAAUGUGUUGCUAAACAGCUGAUUCAAUACUUAGAUAUUAAUGACCUUGGUGAAACAUAUCAAUCGGCCUAUAAGAGAAACCAUAGUACAGAGACGGCUCUUAUUAGAGUGCACAAUGACAUAGCCAUGGCAAAAGAUCAACAUAAUUCAGUUAUCCUGGUACUUCUCGAUCUUUCGGCUGCAUUUGAUACUGUUGAUCAUGGUAUCCUCCUUUCGCGACUGUCCAAUCGCUUUGGAAUUACUGGAACUGUAUUGAAAUGGUUUCGAUCAGAUCUUUCUGAUCGUACACAGUUUGUGCAGGUUAAUGGUGCGUGCUCUGCUUCUCAUGUUCUUGAGUUUAGUGUACCGCAGGGAUCCGUUCUUGGCCCGUUGUUAUAUUCAAUGUACACAUCCCCUCUUGGCGAGAUUGCUCGACGUCAUCAAAUGUUCUAUCACUUUUAUGCUGAUGACACCCAGCUAUAUAUUACGUUCAGGACGUCGUCUGUUUCUGAUAUGAAUCUGAGUAACGCCAAAUUGGUAAACAGUGUUCGGGACAUGGACGCAUGGAUGCUUUCCAACAAGCUGAAAUUAAAUAAAGACAAGUCCGAAGUUCUCGUAAUAUCCUCUUCCUGUCGACCUCGGCCACCACUAUCUUCUGUUGAUAUAUGUGAUGAAACUGUAUCCUGCUCCCCCGGUGCACGCAAUAUUGGAGUUGUCUUUGAUCAGUCCCUUUGUAUGGUACCUCAUGUCAAUGCAGUCUGUCAAUCGUCCUUUUUCCAUCUUCGAAACAUUGGUUUCAUACGCAAAUAUCAUACUUAUGAUGCUGCAAAGAUCAUUAUUCAUGCCUUCGUAGUUUCUAAACUUGAUUAUUGUAAUUCUUUAUUGUACGGCCUACCAUCCUAUCUUAUUCGGAACUGUAGUUAGGUCAUAACACAAAACUUAAGAGGCCACCCCCCCCGAAUAUUUUCCUCGGCUGGACAAACGCAAUGGACUAAGACUACGAUGUUUUAACCUGAAUUCUAAGUGACGUCGUCUGUUUCUGAUAUGAAUCUGAGUAACGCCAAAUUGGUAAACAGUGUUCGGGACAUGGACGCAUGGAUGCUUUCCAACAAGCUGAAAUUAAAUAAAGACAAGUCCGAAGUUCUCGUAAUAUCCUCUUCCUGUCGACCUCGGCCACCACUAUCUUCUGUUGAUAUAUGUGAUGAAACUGUAUCCUGCUCCCCCGGUGCACGCAAUAUUGGAGUUGUCUUUGAUCAGUCCCUUUGUAUGGUACCUCAUGUCAAUGCAGUCUGUCAAUCGUCCUUUUUCCAUCUUCGAAACAUUGGUUUCAUACGCAAAUAUCAUACUUAUGAUGCUGCAAAGAUCAUUAUUCAUGCCUUCGUAGUUUCUAAACUUGAUUAUUGUAAUUCUUUAUUGUACGGCCUACCAUCCUAUCUUAUUCGGAAGCUUCAACAUGUUCAAAAUUCUGCUGCUCGUCUUGUCAACCAGUGUCCAAGAUUUUGCCAUAUUACUCCAGUCCUGAUGGAUCUUCACUGGCUCCCUUUCUCCUUUCGCAUUGAAUUUAAAAUUAUGUUAAUUACUUACAAAGUACUACAUGAUCGAGCUCCAAUCUAUAUACAGGAACUCCUUCAAUUGUAUACACCCAGCCGCAAUCUUAGAUCCUCUAACAGAAAUUUAUUAGUUAAACCCUAUUUUAAUCUCAAUUCGUAUGGUAAACGAGCUUUUUCUAUUGCCGCUCCGGAACUUUGGAAUAACUUACCUGAGGAUAUUAAAUCUGCAAACUCAAUUGAUGAUUUUAAACGCAAACUUAAAACAUCUCUUUUUAUGCGAGCUUAUGAAUCGUGACGUUUUUAUUUGUUAUCUGAUUUUUUAUCUAUUGUGUACAUUUAUCUAUUUUGUAGUUAGCGUCUAAUUUUAAUGUCAAUUUCUUGCGAUUAUUUUUACUUUUUACUUCUAUCUAAUUUUUUGUAAACAGCGCCUUUGAAUCUUGUAGAAAAGGCGCUAUAUAAAUGGAUUAUUAUUAUUAUUAUUAUUAUUAUUAUUAUUAUUAUUAUUACCCCUGAAGAAGACAAUUAUCUAACAUCAGGCAUCGAGCGACACGGCUACGGUCAAUGGAAAGCGAUUACCCGGGAUCCCGAAUUUCGUUUUCAAGAGGGAAGGUCAGCCAACGCCCUGCUGAGCCGUGCAGCGCGAAGAUUUGGAUCACUUUCUAAGUUAUCCUAGAACUUUACAUUGUGAGCAAGAGAUAAUUUUGCGAAGGGCACCAGAACACUAAACUGUAGUUAGGUCAUAACACAAAACUUAAGAGGCCACCCCCCCGAAUAUUUUCCUCGGCUGGACAAACGCAAUGGACUAAGACUACGAUGUUUUAACCUGAAUUCUAAGUGGAAUAGUUUGAAAGUUAUAACACGGGACAAAAAUGCGUUCUUUUGGCGGGCGACACUUAAAAGCUAGUAGUGAUCGUAAAAACACAUGUUUAAGCGCAAACAAAUUUUAUUUGGACUUGAUCACAAACAAAUGAAUCAUCUUGCACACGCAGUUGAUCAUGAGCACGUAGGACACCUAACUGACGAUAGGCUAAACUCGAGUUAAACUGAAGGACCUACGAAUAAAGGGCAAUAAUGCAAAAUACAAUGUUCUGCUCUCGUCCACUCUGAGCGCAGACCUACUUCUGGCUGGAAAAGUACUUGAGGAUUGUGUUCUCACUGUUGCUGCAGCCCUUGUCCUUCUGGCUCUUCGCAUGAACUCGCCCUUCCCGUUUUCGUGCCCUCUUCGUCCCUUUCUGGAGUUGCUGCUCGCCCUAACGGGUCCUAAAAAACUCUAAGUGGCUCGUCUGCCAGCGAGGAACCUGGGUAAAUACCUCAUCGGCGCUGUCGUCCUCGGUACCCGCCUCGGCUUCUGCCACACCUUGCUCUUUUGUCGGUCUUGGCAAGGGUUCCGUCACAUUUUUUACCAUGAGCUGGUCUGCUUCGCGCAGUAUUCCCAGCUCCACGCAGACUCUCCUACGUUCCGCCAAGGCUUCCUCGGUGUUGAAGGUCCCAAGAUUCUGAUGGUGGAGUUUGAGGUUGUCGGAUAGGACCUCCUGGUACGCCAUCAGGCUUCUUCGCAUGUAUGGAUCGUCUGUGCGACUGUACAUUUCUACGCACUCGUCAAGUUCCUUCUCUGUGGAACGCAGCCAAGUAUCAGCGAAGACUAAACGUGCCUUCUCGCGGUGCUGCUGUACCAGGUGUGCUGUCUGUGCUCUGCGAUUCUCUUCGAGAUCAAGAACAAUUGGAGUGGGCAUCUCCUCGCCCAGGUCUAACGGAAGCAACUCUGUGUUCUGGGUGCUCACUCCGUUCUUCCUCAGCAUGGAUUUUCGCCGCAGGUACUGCUGUCGUUUUCUCUUCUCUUCCCCGGCUCGUUUCUUCUCCUCUUCCAUCAGCAUGUGCUGCACUUGCCUGUGUCGUAGACAUCUCUGGGUGCGAUCUGAUUACGGCUUCCCACAACAAAUCGAGGCGAUCGAUCGAGGUGUUACUUACAGCAUCUUCAUCGCAAUUGUCCUCUUCUUCGUCUGUCGAAAUUGCAAUGUUAAUGUGGCCAGGGGAUUCGCAAGUAACAGCGACCAAAGGGCUUGCUUUUCCGUCUCCUUCAAAAGACCUUCCUCGUCAUCUACGUCGUCGUUAUCGUUGCUCUCGGUAUCAGUUUCGUCCUCGUUGUCGUCGUCACAUGUUUUUGCCUCCUCAGCAGCCUAGACAACGCACUCCAUGGUGUGCUUUUUGAGCCACGCUGCGGCCUUUCGUUUGAGAUUCGGGAGGCUCUUGAACUGAUACGUGCGCAGACGUCUAAUCAUUACUGGCUGGUCGGCGGGACCGAAAUCCAGCUUACGCUGUGCGGUCACUAACAUCGGGCACUUGUAAAGGAAUGCUUUAGCGGUCUGAUACUUAACGUCGUGAGCGGUAUAUCCUCCUUGCGUUAGGAUUUUCCAGUCAGCGACGUCGAGUGUUUUCUUGUCUGCCUCAUCGAUGAAUAUGACUUCUGUAAAUAGGGUGAUCAUGGCCUUAUUGAAGGCCCGUUGCUUCGUGACUGUGGCGAUGUUGCCAUGGUGUAUCGGAAAAAAGAAACUUGUAUUUCCGCUAUUCCCAUCCCCAACGAGACAAGGUACUUUAUCUUUGUGCUGCUUCCCGUUGUAGUUUAGCAGUUUUAGGAAAUCACCGCAGAAUGUUUAAACUUCAUUUUCAGACAGGCUACUCUCUAGGAUUUCCCGAAAAUACUUUGGAUCAGCAUGUUUAGAUGGAUCAUAUGCGCCAAAUGCCCUGGGAGCAGACGUCGUCUGCCCUGGGAAAUACUUUUCCAAUUUGGCGCUCUUCAAUGGCAUUCUCUUUGAAUGCACGAUCUUUGAGGGAUCAGUAAACCCCAUCGUUGACUUCUAUCAGGUCGUAACUUAUGACCAGAGGAUGAAACAUUUCACAGUGUGGGUCUGACAAAAGUUCAAUUAUCCUCUUCAUGUAUUGGAUAAGUCGCGAUUUAAAUUGCUCGUUAGUGGCGAGAGUGUUGAUGAAAGUCCUUUCUUCGCACUUGUACGUGUAUGUGUAAAUUACCCUUAAAUCCUUCUUGUACACUUUGCCUCGAUAGCUGGCGUAUUGUAACGUUUGCAUUGCGAUGGUGAUGUCGUUGACGAAAAUCGUGAGUUUAUCUGAUAAAUGUCUCUCUUCGCGUUCAGAAACCGGCAGCGUCGUGUCGCGUGUAAAGCCAAACUUGUCAAUCUGUAGCUUAGCUUCCAUCAUCUUUUCUAGAGCGUUUGAUAAUGGCUGUUGAAAACUUGGGUUCACGACAGUGACACGAACGACAUUUUCUGUCCCGCAGCCUUCCAAUUCUUGUGGUUGCGAUGUUGCGAGUAAGCUUGAUAAUUCCUCGCGAUAACUGUGCUUGUAUGAUGCUGUCACGAGGUCUUAUAUAUAGGGAUUUUUAUGGUCUUUAAGUAGAUUGUACAGUUCUCGAAUGGCAAUACACUCUUUUCCACCCUGAAUUGCACCUGGUAAAGUAACAACUCAAAUUUAGUGAACGUAUUUUUUUUGGAAUUGUCAUCGCUAACUAUGUCGUAUAACUCGUAACUCAUCCCCGUAACAGCUUGACUCUGAUCUUUCUAUUAGCUGUAAGGUAUUACAUAAGUUGUACAGAAUAAACCUGCUCAGUUAUAAAUGUAUCGAUUAGUAAGCUUUAACUUGCUAAGAAUACGUCCCAUACCGGUUUUGCUGUGACACCCAUUCCACACUGGAGCAGGGUCCGAUGAACCACCAAGAGAUUUGCAGGGGCGCCAUUGGGUGAUGUGAGUGCAAUCCAAUACGUCAGCGAUGGCCAAAGCAAUUUAUUCACACGAGUUCGACUGCCAUCGAACCAUUGUUCGGAAGACAUGCUCGGCACAGGACUUGGUUCGGGUUCUUCUUCGCUUUCCUCGCUUUCCUCUUGUACGUUUCCCUUCUUUUUCUCGUGUGUAGAUAUCGCACUGAAAAAAAAGGCUGCAUUCGGAAUACCUGAAAAUAGACAAGAUUCGUUUUAAAAUUUUUUGGCAAACCAAUAAUUAGCAUGAAAUUUGAUGAAAGCUAACCCGAAAGGGCUCUGUCACACAAAUCUCGCUUUUUGCAGAUGUUGUUCCACGAUUUGCGCACACAAUGCUGCACUGGCCGGCGAUUACGGGACUCGUGUAAACCAACGUUGCUCCUUUUAUUCUCUCGCUGUUUAGCUGUUUGCAUGGUCCUGUGGCUCGACGCAUCUUCGGCAAAUGUGCAGUGAUAAAUGAGGCUCAAACGGCUGCUCAUAUAUCUAUCUUCGACUUGUGAAGUUGAUAAGAAUAAAUAUGAAGAAAUGUCACUCGCUGUUUUUGACACUGUUACAGUUUCAACCAUAAUGGACAACUAAUUGCAAGCAAACCUGGCGAUUAUUGUUGAAUUUAUGUCGCAGUUUUCUCGCAGUUUUUGUCCCUAGGGUUGAUAGGUUUUUAAGGGAAAAUAAGUGGACAGAAACUAGCAAUAAUUGCAACACAACACGGUUACUUCAGAGUUACGUAAUUCUGCAUUCUUCUGUGUUACUCGAAACGUAUCUGGGGAAACCAACUAAAUUUUGGAAAGAGUGCUGUUUACUGGGCAUGGAAAAUUAUUUUUCUAAACCUUACGUGGUUUCAACAUUCAUACUAUUGAUAGGCGGGUUUGUCUUAUCAUUCAGAGAUAGGGAAGGGAACAGAUUUGACUCGUUAACGUUGUAAUCAACGUUGGCGAAAAUUGUGGAAUUUUGUUCGCAGUUUUCUCACGUUUCUUGUCCCCAAGGUUCAUAGGUUUUUAAAGGGGAAACAAGUGGGCAGAAACUAGUGAUAAUUGCAACACAAAAUGGUUACUACAAAGUGACGUAAUGCUGCAUUCUUCUGCGUAACUCGAAACUUCCCGGAUGAGAACAACUGAAUUUUACAAAAAAAGUGCUCAAAAUUGGACAUGGGAAACUAUUGUUUGAAAACUUACUUAAUUAACCCAUUCAUACUUUUGUAAGGCUUGCUUAUUGUUGAGUUGUAAGCGAUUGUCAUGUACGUACUUUAUGCUAUUCCGAGUUUCGUGAAACGUAAGUCUGAACAAAAGGUGGGCAGAAUGGUGUUAAUUCCACGCAAACACCAUUAUGUGAUUUGUUGUUGUUGUAGUUGAGUUUUGGAAAGGAACAAAAUUAAGAAGAGACAGCAUUAUUGGCAUAGCUGCACUUCACGAUUUGAAAUAUACUCAAAAUAUAAAACCACAAAAGCAAACUUUGUAGUACUACUUAUCUUUUCCUCUGAAUCCUUUAAACCCCUCAUUUCCGUUAACCAUUAAAAGUUUACUCUUAAGUAAACUUGCGAUGCUUAAACUGAUCAAAUGUUAUACAUUUCUUUUACCGCACACAUAUUCUCAAACAAGGACGGGGAAAAUGAGUCUGAUCCCUGCUAAAUCCGUGAAAUCCGUCUUUCCCGCUGAAUUUUAGAAGUUUACAUUGAAGAGCACUUACAGUGCCGUUAAGUGGAUCAAUUGUAAUAUAUUAGCUUACGAAACAUCUUCUCAAACAAGGACGGGAAAGAUGGAUUCGACGGGUUCGACGGGGAUAUGAAUUUUUAAUGAAAUAGUUAAUCAUAUACUUCUCUUUAAAACUGUAAGUACAUUUUAAAGGAAUAUUUAUUAAAUGUUGCUAAGAAAUUACUUACAGUAUUCAAGAGUAGUUUACAAUAUGAUAUAUCAUGAAAAAUUCAUAUCCUCGCUAAAUCUGUCAAAUCCGUCUUUCCCGAUGAAUUUUAGAAGUUUACAUGGAAGGGAACUUACGGUGCUGGUAAGUGGAUAUCUGUAGUAUGUUAGCUUCCGAAACGUCCUGUCAAAGACGGGAAAGACGGAUUUGACGGGAGUAACAGGAGAGCGACUACCUAACAACAGAAUUCACUAUAAAGCGGUGUUUUUGGCUUUAAGCAUCUUUGUCAUCACUGACAAAGAAGGAACUCAAUUUUGGGAAGCCUUUAAGGCUAACAUAUCUUCACACAGUAUAGGAACAAGCGUGCCUUUCUAUGGUCGUUCCUCUCACGAGGAACUCUAUUACGGAAAAACGUCUAGAUUGAUUUGUAGUUUUUAGCAAAAGAUCUGAGAAUGUACUUUUCUGCCAUUUCCUCUAUAAAACUGCCAAGAGAUAUAGUUUUAGAAAGAUUUUCGAAGUACUUAGUAUUAUUUUACGGCUUCAAAAAAAGGAAACUGACUUUUUGGGAAACGAUCAUUAUCAUUGUCAUUUUCUUUGUCAUUAUCAUUAUCAAUAUCAUUGUCAUUGUCAUUGUCAUUGUCAUUAUCAUUGUCAUUGUCAUUACCAUUGUCAUUGUCAUUAUAAAUGGAAUGAGUAAUGAUGCCCCCAUACAUGAGUGUGAAAGUGAGAUAGGCCACUACGCCGGGCACUACGUGCCCUACACUUUACGAAGAGUGUGUGGGUUCUUUAACGUCCCACAGAUUUAAUACAUGUGCAAGGGCUUGUGAGACGGGGCCUACGGUUUAUCGUCCUUAUCCGAGAAGACUAGAGAGUCUAGCCGUUUGCAGAUAUUAUUACAAAGGCAGCACUUUCUCCUCAGUUAUUUAAAGACCCUGAGUGUUGGUCCGGCCGGGGUUUGAACCCGCGACCUCCCGCUCAGUAGACCGGCGCUCUCCCAUUAUUAUUAUCGUUAUAAUUAUCAUUAUCAUUAUCAUUAUCAGUAUCAUUAUCAUUGUCACUGUCACAGUAAUUAUCAUUGUCAUUACCAUUGUAAUUGUCAUUAUCAUUGUCAUUAUCUUUGUCAUUAUUAUUAUCGUUAUAAUUAUCAUUAUCAUUGUCAUUAUCAUUAUCAUCAUGGUUAUCGUUAUCGUUGUCAUUGUCAUUAUCAUUGUCAUUAUGUUGACAUUAUCGUUGUCAUUAUCAUUGUAUCAUUGUCAUUAUCAUUAACGGCGUGAGCUUGUAAAUUAGUAUUUUAGGAUCUUUUUGAUAUUUUUAUUUCAUCAAAAUUUUAGUCUAUGAUGGUGGAAUGCAAAUGGUCAUAUGAUGACUGCCGCUUAAAAGCUAGCCAAGCGUAUGUCAGCUAAAAUUAGAAAGUCGAUAAUGGCGUGAGCUUGUAAAUAAGUGUUUUAAGAUAUUUUAAUGUUGUUGUUUCAUCAAAAUGUUAGUCUAUGAUAGUGCAAGUUGCCAAGAUUGUUAGUUAUAGUUUUUAAGACUAUCCAUUUUGACACGAUGCUAAGUUGUCCAGGUGGAUUGUAUCAAACAAGAGCUACGACACACGAUCUGGGGGGAACAAACACAAUUACUUAAGGAAAAAACUCACGGUUUACAUUCGUUUUAGUACGCAUGUACAACACUGUGGAAGAGGAUCCCUGAUCGAGGACAUGAGGUCUACGACAUUACUUAGGGAGUUCAAAUUCAAAGUGCGCCAAAUUUCGUUUGAACACUGUAAUAAUGCAAGUAAUAUGUAGUUAAAUAUUUUUCGUCUAGUGCUAUAUUUCCUUUCAUUUAUUUUAUUAUUAUUAUUAUUAUUAUCAUUUUAUUAUUAUUAUUUUUACUUUAGUUAACUCUUUAUUUUCCUCUCUCUCGGAGAUAUUAUUAGCUUUAAGAGCUACACCGUAAAUCUACGGAUAAAUAAAGGUCAUGUAUGGAUGUAUGUACAUGAAUUUAAAUUGGUCAUAUGUUCAUUAUUAUUAUUAUUAUUAUUAUUAUUAUUAUUAAAUCCAUCUACAACGGGUGACGCUUAGACGUACAAGUGUUUAAUGUCAUUUGUGUUCCUGUAAAAACCGUAUACUAAAACAUUUGACACGGAAUUUAAUUUUACGAUUUCUUUACCUUCGUUGUGACUUGUUUCGGAACCUCUAUUCAAAACAGGGGCGUUGGGACAGUAAAACAACCAUUUCCCCCCAAAAUUAUCGCAAGUUGCAUAAAUUUUACAAAACGAGGGUCAAUACAAUGCAACAACAUAGACUUACAUAUGAAGUUAAGAUGUUCUUACUUAUGAAUGUAACACGUUGAAAGAAAUAGCUGUCUUUGCCAUUUUGACGGUCGAGACGGUCAUAGUUGACAGCAGAGUUGGCAAUACGAACAUUUAAUGUUAAUAUUAUAAGUGCCAUGUUACCAACACGUUAUUGCCCCAUGGUGCUGCGAAAGUAAGUUUUAAAUCUGCGCAACGCACUGAAUGAUCGUUCUGCAGCACACGAUGUUGCAGGUAGCACUUCAAGGAUAUGUACCACAUUAGAAAACACAGGAAACAAAUCAAAUAGAUCAUUCUUGUGCAUUGUCUCCGGCAUUUCUGGAACAGUCAUGUAGAAUCUCGCCGUCGAUUUUGUCAAAUUUGGCAACGUAGGAGAAGCUUUCUUUAUCAGCUGUUUCACUGUGACAGAUGUUUCCCAAAGCACAGAGUAUUUCCUGGUCGUUUCCGCUAAACCUGAGCUUAAACUCGGACAGCACCUUUAGCUUGUUGAUGGACGCAUAGUAAAUGUUAAUACGGUGGUUAGCCCGGGCCACAGACGAAACUAAACUCUGGUUAAAUCCGUCUGCGAAACAGGGCUGAAAUCCUUGUUCUGGGUCUCCACUUAUGUACAAAGAUUUGAAAACGCGCCAUGAUUGGACUUUUAAAAAAGGCAAUCGAUUUGCCAAUAAGGGGGGGAAGUUGUUCGGGAGGGGGGGGGGUUGGGGGCAGAACAAGGAUUUCGGCGCUGCUUCGCAGACGUUACUAACCGAGGUUAAAUUAUUUCUUUGACGAAGGCUAUACAGUGGUGUGAUUCCGGUGUCAGCUGCGUUUGUCUUUGCGCGUGUUCACCUACUAAGGCUGGAAGGUGGCGCAAUGGCGUUCAUCUGAGUGCCCUGGCUUCUCGUAAAACAAACUGAGAAUUAGUCGGCCACUUCUUCAUUUUCAGACGCACUGCUGAUGCUAUCUGCCUUACGCUAAUGAAACUUGCUUCACUCCGACACUAGCUUUGGGUCUGAAUGGUUAUAUCAGCAUUUCUACGAGCGGAGAUGAUUCUAGAAAGUUAUGCGGAAGUUGAUUCAAAACAAUUCUUGUCUGGAAAGACCCCACACCAACUGGUUCAGUGCAGUACAGUGCCCUUAAAAAAAAAAUACAAAUAUGUAAAUCAACACACGAUACCCUUCACUAAUAACCAGAAAUUCAUCACCUGCUGAGCAACCACUGUCUCGUGUGAAUUUAACUGGAUCUACCACGCCCACUUCAGGUUAAUUUCUAUUGCUGCCCCCCCUCCUUCAAAAGUGAGUUGCCCAAAUUUGGGGGGGAGAGCGCUGCAGCCCUUCUUCCCCCCACCCCGGCCCGUACGCCUAUGAAUUUACAAUCUUCUUAUCGAGCAGUCUUUGUUGUUUACGACUCUGCUUUUCUGGUGUUUUGCAGGAAGGAAUCGUGAUAAUUGACAGUCCUGGAGUUGGCGAGUCUGCUAUCAUGGACGAGAUAGUCAAACAGUAUCUACCCCAAGCGUUUGCUUUCAUCUAUGUCAUUAACAGUAUAAAUGCAGGCGGAGUUCAGAAAGACAGAGUAAGUGUUAAACAG